UUACACUGAUGUAAACAGGUUUAUUAUUAACAUUAGCAUUAACAUUAGAGAAUAACAGUUGCAAUAGUUUUACGUUGUGAUAGUCUGUGGCUCAAUAUAAUGCAGACAAAAAGGCUAAUCCUCAUUGGGAGGUUGUUGGGACACAGUCAAAUAAUGGUUAGCAAUGAGAAUAUCUCAAAUGUUUUUAACAAGACCACAUAGUUCUGUUCUCCUUUCAGAUGUUGAUUUGCAUCCAUUUUCAUAAAAGCAGUGACAAACAGCGUCAGUCUGAGCAGACGUACAAAUGAAGAACCACCCCACCUCUUUAUGUCGAGAUCACUCUUAACUGGAGCACAGUUCAGUUACAAUCAGUGUAGUGGUGGAGUCUUACUGUACGCACAAUGGUGAACCUUACCUUGAUACCAGUGUUACUCUGCACCUUCAGUUGGAUUUCUGUCUCAGUCUCUGAGUUUUACACAGUGGAGGUUCAGCCUGGUGAAGAAGUCACACUGCUGUGCUCCAACUUUAGCAGUUUUCCCGCAAAUAUAUUCUGGUUCAAACUGGUCAAUGGAAACAAUAUCACCCGCAUCACAUACAUGACGAGCUCUGAUGGAAGUGCUUCGGUCUGUGAUGGAUUUCAAGACGGCAGAUUUAAUAUGUCAUCCAACACCACUACUCUUUUUCUGAACAUCAAACCUGUGAAUUUAUCUGACUCUGGGCUGUACCUCUGUGGAUUUCACCACGGACAAGACGCAGUAACUGUCUCAAUAAUGGCUACAAAUUUAAGGGUCCAAGAAGUGCUAAAUGUAGAGUUUACAAAUGUGACCACUGUGAUCCUGGCCGGUGUAACCGUUCUCCUUCUAAUGGUCAUCAUAUGUCUGGUCGUCAAAACCCGGACAUUUCAUACAGCUCAACACGAGGAAGUGAAUCCUCAGCACACUGAGAACGUGGGCUCUGAUUCUCUCAACUACGCAGCUGUGAGUUUCCGUCCCAAAGCAAAGAUCAGCAGCAGGCCUGCAGCAGAGAGAGAACUGGAGACACAUGUAGUGUACGCUGCCACCAGAUAGAUAAUUCAGCUCAACUCAUGCUUUGUCAUAUUGAAGUAAUGGGUGGUGGAUGGGAGACAUUGUGAUGACAUUCAAAAAACUAAAUAAAAAAAAAAUCAUUGUGUAAUAAAUAUGUAAUGUAAAUACAAUCUCUAUACAACAAAACAUGACUGAUGUGUAAUGGAGGUGGAGUUGGUCAGAACAUUGUCGACACUCCAGAUUGUCUUUGAGUUUCUAAAGAGUGACACCAAGAAAGAUUUGAUAUUGAAACCUGAACUGUAUUAAUAAGGUUCCUUUUUGAAGUUACAUGAUUCAGACAGAUAUUAAGUUGCACAUAAAUCGGGCAAUAUAGGUAGAACUGUGGAUGUUUUAUUCUCAAAUACAAAUACUUUGA